AUGACUUGCCAGAAGAGAAUGACUCUGAGAAACAGUUCCUCAGUCACUGAGUUUAUCCUUGUGGGACUGUCAGAACAUCCAGGGCUCCAGUUCCCCCUCUUCAUCUUGUUCUUAUGUAUCUAUGUGUUCACUGUGGCGGGCAACUUGGGUUUGAUGACCUUAAUUGGGUUGAGUUCUAGCCUUCAUACCCCAAUGUACUUUUUCCUCUUCAACUUGUCCUUUAUAGAUUUCUGUUAUUCCUGUGUGUUUACCCCCAAAAUGUUGAAUGAUUUUGUGUCAGACAAUAUUAUCUCUUAUGUAGGAUGCCUGACUCAACUAUUUUUCUUUUGUUUCUUUGUCAAUUCUGAGUGCUAUGUUUUGGUAUCAAUGGUCUACGAUCGCUAUGUGGCCCUCUAGCCUCUGAUGUAUGCAGUCACCAUGUCCCCUCAGGUCUGCUCUCUACUGAUGUUUGCUUCAUAUGUGAUAGGGUUUGCUGGGGCUGUGGCCCAUACUGGAAGCAUGCUGAGACUACCUUUCUGUGAUUGUAACAUCAUCCACCACUACCUUUGCGAAGUUCUCCCCCUCCCGCAACUCUCCUGCACCAGCACUAAGGUCAAUGAGCUGUGUUCUAUUGUUGUUGGAAUUGUCAUCAUGGUAUCCAGUGUCAGCAUCUUCAUUUCUUAUGCUUUGAUUCUCUCCAACAUUCUUCGGAUUCCUUCUUCCAAAGGCAGGUCCAAAGCCUUUGGCACGUGUGGCUCUCAUAUAAUUGCUAUUGUUCUGUUUUUUGGGUCAGGGACAUUCACCUAUUUAACAACCUCUUUUCCUGGAUUUACAGAACAGGGCAAGUUUGCCUCAGUCUUUUACACCAAUGUGGUUCCCAUGUUUAACCCUUUGAUCUACAGUUUGAGGAACAAAGAUGUUAAGUUUGCCUUAGAUAAAACCUUGAAGAGCAUACUCUUCUGA